AUGCAGCCUACUAAUCAGAUAUUUCUACCAGUGUUCCAGCAGGACCUAGACACCAAGCAUGACAAGCAUGAGCGCCUGGUCAAACUCAGCAGAGACAUCACCAUCGAAAGCAAGAGGACAAUAUUUCUACUGCACAGAGUCACCAGGUAAAUUGUCUGAACUACAAACUGGGGUCUGCCAGGGUCCUUAGGGGGUCCUCAGCAGCAAGGGGAAAGGAAAAAGUCUGUAUAAGAAAAAUAUAAUAUCAUAUAGUUGGUCACUUCUAAUGGUUUAAAAUCAAAUGCAGUGUUAAAUAUCAUCUAGGUUAGCCAAAUCAUUUUAUUUUUGUUUGUUGAUGCAUUGAUUAAAGCUGCAAUAUGUAACUUUUUGGGUGACCGGACCAAAUUCACAUAGAAAUGUGAGUUAUAGAUCUGUCAUUCUCAUUGAAAGCAAGUCUGAGAAGCGGUAGAUCUGUUCUAUGUGCGCUAUUUCUAUGCUUCCUGUUCAUUCUUAAGUUUCGUUUUUGUGUCUUUUGCUUUCAGUUUUGUACACCAGCUUCAAACAGCUGAAAAUACAAUAUUUUUGUUUAUAGAAAAUCUAUUUCCCAGCGGUUUAGAUGGUCCAAUGAUUCUCUACACUACACUAGCUUGUUUUGUCACAACCUGAAAUUAGACAAACUAUUAAAAUUUUAGCGACCAGGAAAUGGCGGAGUGGUUUUUGCAAAGUGCACCUUUAAAUGUCCAUCUUAUUCCAGUAGAUAAUCUAACCUGAUGUGAAUGUUUUUCCCUGCAGUGUCCCAGACGUGGAGGAGGUCCUGAAUGAAGCUGAUUUGAAGCUGGACGGAGUGAGACUGAAGAUCAGACUGAUUGCUGAGGAGCUCAGAGGAGAGGAUCUGUAUCAGUACCACAGAGCCUUCACCCCAGGUACACACACACACACACACACACACACACACACACACACACACACACACACACACACACACACACACACAGACACAGGUACACACACACACAGAGACACACACACACACAGACACAGACAGACACACACACAGACACACACAGACACAGGUACACACACACACGAGACACACAGCACACACAGACGACACACACAAGACACAGCAACAUCAAGCAAUAGGACAUAUACCAACCACAACUACAACCCCACCAACAAAAAAAAACAACAACACACCAAACAUUAACGAACAGACACCAAUCACAAAAUUCCUUAUCCUAAGCAAAACAACUCUAGUGCACCCCUACAAUUGUUGCCACAUUGUAGACACCCCCUACAAUAUGAUAGACACCCACUAUGAUGCAACCUUACACACCUAUUGACCCCUACAAUUUAGCACCAAAUGAUGCAACUACUUAAUAGCACACCAUCAAUAUGAUAACCCAUAAAUAUAGCCACCCACUAAAUAUGAUGACACCCUACAAUAUGAUAGCCACCCACUAAAUGAAUAACCACCACUACAAUGAUAACCACCCCUACAAUAGACACACCCCACACACAGACAAACCACCCCAACCAUAGACACACACCACACAAAUGCAAUAGACAACACCCACACACCAACACACAACACAACAACAAAAAACAACACACACACACACAUGAAGAACACACCCAUAGACACAACCAGACAACAACACACACACUCAAAUAACACACACCACACAUAACCACACAAGCAUAACACACAACACAUAUGAACACACACCACACAUAACACACACACACAUACACCACCACAACACACACACACACACAACACAUGACACACACCACAACAUACACACACAACACACAUAAUCUACGACAACCACACAUUAAGACACACCACUACAUAUGAUAACACACCACUACAAUAUGAUAGCACCACACUAACAUAUGAUAGAACACUACAAUGAUAGACACACCCAUCAUAUGAUAGACACACCCACUACAAUCACACAAUACUAUAGACACCCACAAGAAGACACACCACCUACAAUACUAAAUAUGAUAGACACAACACCACUACAAUAGAAUAGACACACACACAACACAAUCACUACAAUAUGAUCACACGACACAACCCACUACAAUAUGAUAGACACACACCACUAGACACACACAUAUAUGAACACGACCAACACAGCACUACAAUAUGAUAGACACACCCCACUACAAACCUAACAACAUACAUAUAGACACCACCCACUACAAUAUGAUAGACACAAACCCACUACAAUCACUACAAUAUGAUAGACACACCCACUACAAUAUGAUUAGACACACCCACUACAAUCACUACAAUAUGAUAUAGACACACCCACUACAAUAUGAUAGACACACCCACUACAAUCACUACAAUAUGAUAUAGACACACCCACUACAAUAUGAUAGACACACCCACUACAAUAUGAUAUUAGACACACCCACUACAUAUGAUAACACAACCCACUACAAAUACAAUACUAAACACAGAAUAUAGACACACCCACAAAUCACUACAAUAUGAUAAGACACACCCACCACUAAAAUAUGAUAGACACACCCACUACAACACUACAAAUGAAUAGACACACCCCACUACAAUAUGAUAGACACACCCACUACAAUCACUACAAUAUGAUAACAACACCAAACCCACUACAAUAUGAUAGACACACCCCACUAAACACACAAUAUGAUAGACACACCCACUACAAUAUGAUAGACACACCCACUACACAUACAUAUGAUAGACACACCCCACUACACAAUAUGAUAGACACACCCACUACAAUAUGAUAUAGACACACCCACUACAAUAUGAUUAGAACACCAACACCCACUACAAUAUGAUAGACACACACACCAAACUACAACACUACAAUAUGAUAGACACACCCACUAUACAAUCACUACAAUAUGAUAGCACACCACAAAAAAACAACCCACUACAAUCAUACAAUAUGAUAUAGACACACCCACUACAAUAUGAUAGACACACCCACUACAAUCACUACAAUAUGAUAGACACACCCACUACAAUCAUUACAAUAUGAUAUUAGACACACCCACUACAAUAUGAUAGACACACCCACUACAAUCACUAUAAUAUGAUAGACACACCCACUAUAAUCACUACAAUAUGAUAGACACACCCACUACAAUAUGAUAUUAGACACACCCACUACAAUAUGUAUAGCACCCACUACAAUAGACACCCACUACUACAAUAUAAUAUGAUAGACACACCACACACUAACCAAUACACAUAUGAUAGACACAACACCACUACAAUAUGAAUAGACACACCCCACUACAAUAUAAUAGAGACACACACCACUACCACAUUACAAUAUGAUAUUAGACACACCCACACAAUAGAUAGACACACCACAUACACACUACAAUAUGAUAGACACCACAUACACCAAACAUGAUAGACACACCACUAUCAUAAUAUGAUAGACACACCCACAAUAUGAUGAACACCACUAAAUAUGAUAGACACACCACCCACUACAAUAUGAUAGACACACCCACUACAAUAUGAUAUAGACACCCACUACAAUGAUAACACACCACUACAAUCAUAAAUAAUAUAGAACACCCACUACAAUAUAUAUAGACACACCCACUACAAUAUGAAUAGACACACCCACUACAUAUAACAACACAUACAAUAUGAUAGACACACCCACUACAAUAUGAUAGACACAACACCCACUACAAUCACUACAAUAUGAUAGAACACACCCACUACAAUAUGAUAGACACACCCACUACAAUAUAUAUAGCACACCCACACAAAUGAUAACACACCCACUAAAUAUGAUAGACACACCCACUACUACAAUAUGAUAGACACACCCACUACAAUAUGAUAUAGACACACACCCACUACAAUAUGAUAUAGACACACCCCACUACAAUAUGAUAGACACACAACCCACUACAAUAUGAUAUAGACACACCCCUACAAUUGAUGCACACCCACUACAAUAUGAUAAGACACACCCACUACAAUAUGAUAGACACACCACUACAUAGAAACACACCCACUACAUAUGAUAUACCCCCUACAAUAGAUGACACACCCACUACAAUAUGAUAUAGACACACCCACUACAAUAUGAUAGACACACCACAUAUAGACACACCCACUACAAUCACUACAAUAUGAUAUAGACACACCCACUACAAUAUGAUAGACACACCCACUACAAUAUGAUAUAGACACACCCACUACAAUAUGAUAGACACACCCACUACAAUAUGAUAGACACACCCACUACAAUAUGAUAGACACACCCACUACAAUAUGAUAUAGACACACCCACUACAAUAUGAUAGACACACCCACUACAAUAUGAUAUAGACACACCCACUACAAUAUGAUUAGACCACACCCACUACAAUAUGAUAUAGAGUAAAUAUAAUUUUUUGCAUCGGUUGGGUAGAGAGAGAGAGAUACUGUAGACUACUUUAUCACUGACCUCAACCCAGAGUCUCUCAGAGCGUUCAGUCAGCCCACUGACACCCCUAUCAGACCACAGCAAAAUCACAGUCUGCUUGAACAGAGCAAUACUCAAUCAUGAGGCAUCAAAGCCAAAGGAACUGAACAAGUCUAAACAUCUCAAGCAGAAAACCUAAGAAAAUUAACAACAAUGACAAAUGGUUUGAUGAAGAAUGCAAAAACCUAAGAAAGACAUUGAGAAACCUAUCCAACCAAAAACAUAGAGACCCAGAAAACCUGAGCCUAUGCCUUCACUAUGGUGAAUCACUAAAACAAUACAGAAAUACACUAUGGAAAAAGAAGGAACAGCAUGUCAGAAAUCAGCUCAAUGUAAUUGAAGAAUCCAUAGACUCUAACCACUUCUGGGAAAAUUGGAAAACACUAAACAAACAACAACACGAAGAGUUAUCUAUCCAAAACGGAGAUGUAUGGGUAAACCACUUCUCCAAUCUUUUUGGCUCUAUAACAAAGAACAAACAGCAAAAACAUAUACAUGAUCAAAUACAAAUCUUAGAAUCAACUAUUAAAGACUACCAGAACCCACUGGAUUCUCCAAUUACAUUGAAUGAACUACAGGACAAAAUACAAACCCUCCAACCCAAAAAGGCCUGUGGUGUUGAUGGUAUCCUAAAUGAAAUGAUAAAAUAUACAGACCACUAAUUCCAAUUGUGGAUACUUAAACUCUUUAACAUCAUCCUCAGCUCUGGCAUCUUCCCCAAUAUUUGGAACCAAGGACUGAUCACCACAAUCAACAAAAGUGGAGACAUUUGACCCCAAUAACUACCGUGGGAUAUGCGUCAACAGCAACCUUGGGAAAAUCCUCUGCAUUAUCAUUAACAGCAGACUAGUUCAUUUCCUCAGUGAAAACAAUGUACUGAGCAAAUGUCAAAUUGGCUUUUUACCAAAUUACUGUAUGACAGACCACGUAUUCACCCUGCACACCCUAAUUGAUAAACAAACAAAACAAAACAAAGGCAAAGUCUUCUCAUGCGUUGUUGAUGUUGACUCAAUUUGACAUGAGGGUCUGCUAUACAAAUUGAUGGAAAGUGGUAUUAGGGGAAAAACAUAUGACGUUAUAAAAUCCAUGUACACAAAAAAAAUCCUCUAAUCUCCACACAAUACCCUAUAAUGACAAAGUUAAAACAUGUUUUUAGACAUUUUUAGAAAAUGUAAUGCAGAAAUAUCUCAUUUACAGUAUUCACACCCCUGAGUCAAUACAUGUUAGAAUCACCUUUGGCAGCGAUUACAGCUGUGAGUCUUUCUGGGUAAGUCUCUAAGAGCUUUCCAUACCUGGAUUGUGCAACAUUUGCCCAUUUAUUCUUUUCUAAAUUCUUCAAGCUCUGUCAAGUUGGUUGUUGAUCAUUGCUAGACAACCAUUUUCUGAUUUUGCGAUAGGUUUUCAAGAAGAUUUAAGUCAAAACUAACUUGGCCACUCAGGAACAUUCAAUGUCGCCUUGGUAACAGUGUAGAUUUGGCCUUGUGUUUUAGGUUAUUGUCCUGCUGAAAGGUGAAUUCAUCUCCCAGUGUCUGAUGGAAAGCAGAUUGAACCAGGGUCUCCUCUAGGAUUUUGUCUGUGCUUAGCUCCAUUCCGUUUCUUCUUUGUCCGGAAAAACUCCCCAGUCCAUACCGAACACAUGAUGCAGCCACCACUAUGCUUGAAAAUAUGGAAAGUGGUACUCAGUAAUGUGUUGUAUUGGUGCCCUUCUUUGCGAGGCAUCGGAAAACCUCCCUGGUCUGUGUGGUUGAAUCUGUGUUUAAAAUACACUACUCAACUGAUGGACCUUACAGAUAAUUGUAUGUGUGGGGGUACAGAGAUGAGGUAGUCGUUAAAAAAUCAUGUUAAACACUAUUGCACACAGAGUGAGUCCAUUUUUUACUCCUGAACUUAUUUAGGCUUACCCUAACAAAGAGGUUGAAUACUUAUUGACUCAAGACAUUUCAGCUUUUCAUUUUCUAUGAAUUUGUAAACAUUUUGAAAAACAUAAUUCCACUUUCACAUUAUGGUAUACAGUGGGGGAAAAAAGUAUUUAGUCAGCCACCAAUUGUGCAAGUUCUCCCACUUAAAAAGAUGAGAGAGGCCUGUAAUUUUCAUCAUAGGUACACGUCAACUAUGACAGACAAAAUGAGGAAAAAAAAUCCAGAAAAUCACAUUGUAGGAUUUUUAAUGAAUUUAUUUGCAAAUUAUGGUGGAAAAUAAGUAUUUGGUCAAUAACAAAAGUUUCUCAAUACUUUGUUAUAUACCCUUUGUUGGCAAUGACACAGGUCAAACGUUUUCUGUAAGUCUUCACAAGGUUUUCACACACUGUUGCUGGUAUUUUGGCCCAUUCCUCCAUGCAGAUCUCCUCUAGAGCAGUGAUGUUUUGGGGCUGUCGCUGGGCAACACAGACUUUCAACUCCCUCCAAAGAUUUUCUAUGGGGUUGAGAUCUGGAGACUGGCUAGGCCACUCCAGGACCUUGAAAUGCUUCUUACGAAGCCACUCCUUCGUUGCCCAGGCGGUGUGUUUGGGAUCAUUGUCAUGCUGAAAGACCCAGCCACGUUUCAUCUUCAAUGCCCUUGCUGAUGGAAGGAGGUUUUCACUCAAAAUCUCACGAUACGUGGCCCCAUUCAUUCUUUCCUUUACACGGAUCAGUCGUCCUGGUCCCUUUGCAGAAAAACAGCCCCAAAGCAUGAUGUUUCCACCCCCAUGCUUCACAGUAGGUAUGGUGUUCUUUGGAUGCAACUCAGCAUUCUUUGUCCUCCAAACACAACGAGUUGAGUUUUUACCAAAAAGUUAUAUUUUGGUUUCAUCUGACCAUAUGACAUUCUCCCAAUCCUCUUCUGGAUCAUCCAAAUGCACUCUAGCAAACAUCAGACGGGCCUGGACAUGUACUGGCUUAAGCAUGGGGACACGUCUUGCACUGCAGGAUUUGAGUCCCUGGCGGCGUAGUGUGUUACUGAUGGUAGGCUUUGUUACUUUGGUCCCAGCUCUCUGCAGGUCAUUCACUAGGUCCCCCCGUGUGGUUCUGGGAUUUUUGCUCACCGUUCUUGUGAUCAUUUUGACCCCACAGGGUGAGAUCUUGCGUGGAGCCUCAGAUCGAGGGAGAUUUUCAGUGGUCUUGUAUGUCUUCCAUUUCCUAAUAAUUGCUCCCACAGUUGAUUUCUUCAAACCAAGCUGCUUACCUAUUGCAGAUUCAGUCUUCCCAGCCUGCUGCAGGUCUACAAUUUUGUUUCUGGUGUCCUUUGACAGCUCUUUGGUCUUGGCCAUAGUGGAGUUUGGAGUGUGACUGUUUGAGGUUGUGGACAGGUGUCUUUUAUACUGAUAACAAGUUCAAACAGGUGCCAUUAAUACAGGUAACGAGUGGAGGACAGAGGAGCCUCUUAAAGAAGAAGUUACAGGUCUGUGAGAGCCAGAAAUCUUGCUUGUUUGUAGGUGACCAAAUACUUAUUUUCCACCAUCAUUUGCAAAUAAAUUAAUAAAAAAUCCUACAAUGUGAUUUUCUGGAUUUAUUUUCCUCAAUUUGUCUGUCAUAGUUGACAUGUACCUAUGAUGAAAAUUACAGGCCUCUCUCAUAUUUUUAAGUGGGAGAACUUGCACAAUUGGUGGCUGACUAAAUACUUUUUUCCCCCACUGUAUUGUAUGUAAACCAGUGACAAAAACCCACACAUUUUAUUCUUUUUAAAUUCUGGCUAUAACACAACAAAAUGUGGAAGAAGUCAAGGGGUAUGAAUACUUUCUGAAGGCACUGUAUUUGCGACCGCUCGACUAAAAACAUCUGUCGACCAACAGCCUUGCGACCAAACCAUGGGUUGACUAAAUGGGGUCAGCCCUGCACCAAUUACAGUACAGCAAAUAGUGUUUGUUUUCUUUCAAAAACAUAAGCUGCAAUUUAGUUGAAUUGAGCUUCCCUGGCACAAUGGAACCAGUGGAAUAGUCCCAAAAGUACAAGCCCCAUCCAUCUGGCACUCCAGGCAAAUACUGACAGUAUUUAAAAGAAAACAUAUUCAGUCUGCCAGUCAGAUACCAUGCUUCCACUCCACCAAUCUCGUUUGGACAUUUGGAAAUUCCUCUCGGCUCAUGCUAGAGUGAGUGAAUCAAUAACAAAAUCACAAAUCCAAACCCCUAGCAUUUGAAGGUUCCAUGGUGUUCUGACCUCUGAAAUAAGGUCUCCUCUGUGCUUGUAGUUGGCAGGUAG